AUGUCACCACUGAGAGCGACUCCAAGAUUCGACAGUAUGAACACAACCCAUCACCCUCUAUCUCCACCAACGCUCGAAGAACUCGCCGAGGUCCUGUCACCGGCUCUGCGAUCCAACUACAAGACUUCACAUGUCACCGUCGAGCAAUGUCCAGAUCUACGAAAUGCACCCUACCAUCUCGCAACCCAAGGCCUCUCCGGCAAAGAAUCCGUAGCAGACAUAGGCGGCCAACCAAACCUCUUCCCCGAACCCCGACUCAACUGCAAAUUCUCCCUGAUAUCCAUCGCGAAGGAAAUGCAAAUGAGCCCCAAACGAGGGCAACUCCUAGGGGCAGGAGCAGGCCCCUUCCACGUCAUCGGCAUGAACUCAGAACUGGCGCCGAAUCUCAGCUGGCGGGAAAAAUUCGAGAAUCUCGACAACCGGACCCAUUACGCCAAAAUCGACCGGGAGACGAAGCAACCCGUGGUGGCAAAAUCGCCCUGCGCGGAAUGUGCCCUGAUGAUGAACCUGUAUGGUUCCGAAGGAUUGCCGGGCCCUGUACUCAAAAUCACCGCGCGCGGCCGCACGGGAACCUCGAAAUCUUUCACGGAAGGCAUUCGACGCACGUUAGCGGAGCAUUACGGCGACGCGAGACCCGUGAGCAUGGGCGGGGUCUUCAUCAUCAAGAGCGGGAGAGCACAUUUCCACGUGAUGCCUGAUUUCCCGGCGAAGGAGGAAUUGCCCUUUAAGAACGCGAAGCAAUUGAACGAUUGGUUGACGUACCACGAUUUCGAAGCGCCGAUGGUCUGUCUGACGGUUUUCCAUUCGGCGGAUCCGGGGAAGGCGUUGGGCUUGAGGAUGGAGCAUACGCAUUGUUUUUCUGGGGAUGGAGCGGAUAGAGGAGGGCAUUAUCAUUACGAUUUGGAUGGGGAGGAGGUGGAAUAUGAGGCUUAUUUCAAUACGGCCAAGACGAUUCAUAGGAUUGAUAAGCCGGAGGUGACGUUGGAGAGGGAUUUGCAUGAUUGA